AUGAAGAGAUUCCUCCUCGGCACUGUGAACACCAUUAGCCAAACCACCGGGACUAAUGCCAUCGCUGCGCCACCUAAAAAGAAAUCCUACGCUGACUCCAGUGCUUCGGCUUUGCUGUUGACCGAAGGUUGCCUUAUGUCCCUCCCUCUUGCCCUACUCACCCAAGUUUACAAAGUGCUAACUAUUAUACCCAAAUUGUAA